AUGUCCGCGCUCUUCGACUUCAAGUCCUUCCUCACCACGCUCCUGCUCUUCAUCUGCGCGUGCACGUACGUCAAACUUCGCGCGCCCGGGUUGUUGGAUUCUCACCGCACCGGGUUUCGAGGUGUUUUCUGGAAAGCCGCGCGCGUGGGCGAGCGUCUAUCGCCGUGGGUCAGCGUCGCGUGCGCGUACAUGUCAGUGCAAACGCUGUUCGGGUGGUAG